CGCCUGGAGGCCGCCGUCGCUUAGCAACGCGAGAGUCACAGUCGCCUUCCUUUGCUCACCUCUCCCCUGGCAGGGCUGCGUUCCUGUUCUUCCUGCAGGCUCCUCGCUGCCUCGUGCCAGGCCUUAGGGGCCCAUGGAAGGAGAGGAGGACACGCAGCAACAGCAUAAAAUAGAAGAUGCUGGUAUAGUCUAUGUAACUGAAAAAAAAGAAGAAAUCAAAGAUGAAAAAAACCCUGGAAAAAGCAUACAACAGUCAAAACCAUGCAUUGGGAGAGGACGUGUAUAUCGUGCUAAAUUCAUUAACACAAAUACAAGAAUAUACAAUGAACCAAUUCCCUACAUAGAUCUCAAAAUAGGGCCAGAAAAGCAGGGUGACUGGUGGCCACAUGGUAAAGCACUGGAACCUGCCUUUCGACCACCUUAUGACACUAAGAGCGUCCAGAGGAGUGACUUCCAAAAACCAACAUGUCCAUUGGUUUUGCCAGUCAAACACAGCAAGAUGCAAAAGCCUUCUUGUGGAAUAGUUCCACUUGCCUCUCCUGAUGCAUCAGCAGAACUUCAAAGCAGUUUUGUAGAAUACAUCUCUUUUACUCAUCAAUAUGAUGCCAGGAAAACUCCUAAUGAGCCCAUCCGAGGAAAGAGACAUGGAGUUUUUGUGCAGAGAGAGAUAAAACCAGGGAGUGGGCCAACAGUUCCUAAGGGAACAGAGGUAUUAUUGACUGCUCCAGGGUCAUGUUCAUCAGAACAGUCCAAAAAAACAGAGAAAGGAAAUUCAGCGGAAAGCAAAAUGAUCUCACCAGGUCUCUGCCGACAAAAUUCCCAAGAGCUGUUAGAGACUAAAACUCACUUAUCAGAAACAGACGUCAGACAGGCAGCCAAGGCAUGCCCCAGAAGUCCCGAGAGCAGGGAGAAGACUGCAGGCAUCUCUCAAACAACUGUAGGAGAUGCUCUUCUCACUAGGGUUGAGCCUUUAAAUCCACCAAUAAAAAAUCAGGAUAAAUCAGGAUAAAUUACCUUCUUUAGAUAAAAAUAUCCCUGGAAUGUAGAGAAAUUUCAUAAUCCUCACACAAGUCCUCAUGUUUGCUCUUUUUGGUAUCAAUAAUCUCAGAACAUACAAUUUACAUAAAUUGGAAAAAAGCAAUUAAAAUACACCCAAAUUUUAAGAGUUGUCUCCAGUGAGUGAUAGAUUGAGACAUUAUUGCUAUGUCACAUUACUUACAAUAAAACACAAUGUUGUCUGACACAAAAAUGAACAUAAUUAACAAAUAUAAGAAAAGUUUUAGAAGAGAGGCCCUAUUAGACAGUCAUGAAUUGCAGCUCUGGAAUCAAACAAACUGGAGUUGGAAUGUUGGCUUCACUUCAUACAAGCCAUGUGACCUUGGUGUUAUUUGACUUCUCUAGACCUAUAAAAUUAGGAAAAUAGCAACUUUAUAGGAAAACAGCAAGAUUAUUGACCAUGAGAUUAUGCAUAUUGAUCAAUCAGUUAUCAAUGUAAUCACAUCAUCACUAUUGGUAUAAUUAAAUUUCAAUUUAAGGAUAAUGUUCCUUUAUAAAUUUAAAUUUUUCAUCUUAUUCUAAAACUUAGAAUCCCUCCAUAUAUAAUCAAAAGUGUGAAAAUCGAAAAACAUUUCUGCCAGUGCAAGAUGCAAGAUGCACAAACACACACACUUAAUUCAAAGACAUAGGGAUACUUAGAAUAUUAAAAUAUUUUCUAAAUUUUUUUCUAUUUUACUUAGAUCAUUUCUAGCACUAACUCAACCUUUGCUUUUUGAGUAAGUUUGGUAAGAAGUAAUUGCACCAGUUAUUCUAAUUUUGUAUAUUUGGUGUGCUACAAUGUGUCCAAUAUAAGAUACAUUAUAUUACAUCCAAGUAGAAAUGGAUGGAGUAUUCCUUUGCUGUAAAGAGUAUUUACGAAUUUCCAUGGGAAUACUCAUAUAUCAGUUGCUCACUAUUAUCUGCAGCAUUGAUAAGACUACAGCUAAGAAACUUAAAUAGACUGCAAAAGAACAAAUGUCAUUACUAUAUAUAUUUGUGUGUUGGGAACUUUUAGUUCUUACAACACGGCAGAUUAAGGCUAAUAGUGAACCCUUUGCAUUACAAACACCUUGAAAGGCUGAAUAAGAUGGAACACCAAACAAAUAUACAGCCAAGCUCACAAAACAGAAAAACCCUCAUAUUUCAAAAUAGGGAACUUGUUUAUUUGUGUAUCAAUGUAUAUCUUGAAGCUCUUUCCUUGUCAACUCCCUCAUUAUUUUAAUAGCUUCAUAGUCCUCCACAGUUUGGAUGUGUUACUAUAUAAUAGGAGCAAUAAGAAUGCAAGUUUUGGUGAGGGUGGGGAAGGGAAAGGUGGUUAGCAGAUUUGGAAAGAGGUCUUAAAGGCGAGGGACUUGAAUUCUAAUCCAUAUUGGAACAGAGAUGGACUCUUACAGACUCUGAAGUAGAAAGAUAGAAUUGAAACCUACAUAAAGCUAGAACUCUGGAAAGGCUAGCCUGUUGGUACAAGGCAGACUCCUCUCCACUCAUACACCCAGAAAACAGCAAGAAAGUUGGCCUCUUCCUGGAGCUAUAGAUAGUGAAUAAACUUUUUGUGAGAAAGUAGAACCCUAAGCUUGUGCCACACUAUGGUUUGGAAUAUGAAUUUACAGGCAGGACUUCUCAUAGGACUCAAAAUUAACACAAAAAUCACUGCUCGUGAUAACUCUGCAGUGCCUGACAAAAGCAAA